CACGUGCACAAAAUGCAGUGCGUGUACAUUCGUGUCGUGUGUGUACCUCUCCAUACAUCACAUCAGUAAACAGAAGAGGAAAAAACCGAAAGAUCACAUUUUCUUGUGUAUAAAUUAUUACAAAAGAACUGGAAAACCACAACCUGGCAGAGGAAAAUCGGGAUGAUGAACAGGUGAAUUUAACUUCAAGACGAAAGUUAAUUUCCAGUUGCACUUGCAGUUCCCUAGUGCACCACACACGCACGAUCGCGAAGGCCCACCGCGCCGGCGGCCGGCCCCGCGUCGUACACGUACGUACACUGCACUUGCAGCAUGGCGUCUGAUUACAAGAGAGUUGUAGUCAAAACCUUCCCAAGUGGGGACGCCGACGUUUCAAAAGAAACACAGUACUGGAAGAAUUUUGAGUUCCCAGUGACAGUCAAAGAGUUCGGAGCAGUCACCUGCAUUGACUUCAACCCGAGGAAGCCUCAUCAGUUUGCUGUCACCAGCUCAACAAGGGUACAAAUCUUUGAUCCCGUCACAAACCAAGUGGAGAAGACCAUCUCCAGAUUUCAAGAUGUUGCUUACAGCGGCACAUACCGAGCCGACGGUAAGCUGUUGGUUGCCGGGGGAGAGGAGAAAUCCAUCCGACUGUUUGACGUCAGCGGAAAGGCUGUGUUGAGGAUAUUCAAGGGACACAAUGGCCCUGUCCAUGUGACCAAGUUCAGCACAGACAAUCAUCACGUCAUGUCCUGCUCGGACGACAAGUCAGUCCGGUGCUGGGACAUCCCUAGCGAGACGGAGACGAGACGAUACGAGGAACACACCGAUUAUGUCCGAUGCGGAACGGUCAGCGCAGCCAGUAAGGAUAUCUGGCUGACCGGCUCCUACGACCACAAAGUGAAGCUGUUUGACCUGAGGACGCAGGCCAGCGUCAUGACGCUGGACCACGGGCAUCCCGUGGAGAGCGUGCUCAUGUUCCCUGGAGGGGGAAUGUUUUUGUCUUCAGGUGGGAACUACGUCAAGGUGUGGGAUGCUCUUGCAGGGGGUAAACUCCUAGCUGCCGUCAGCAAUCACCACAAAACAAUCACAUGCAUGUGCUUCAAUGGCGCUCACAACAGACUACUCACUGCAUCAAUUGAUAGGCAUGUCAAGGUGUACGACGUGGCUUCCUAUAAACUGGUUGCCAGUCUGGACUACCCAGCACCAAUUCUGUCAAUGGGAGUUUCGCCAACAGACAACACAAUCGUAGUCGGCAUGUCUUCAGGCCUAGUAUCCAUCAGGCACAGGAAACCAGAAACUGAUGAAAGCGAGAAAACAAGGAGAAAGACCAAACUCAGUCGAGUGUCUCACCGGUACUACGACAGAGGUCAUAAAGUCUACACAGCACAGAAAGGAGACCUCCUGAUCCAUAAGACACCCAGGGAAAUCCUUCAGAAGUACGACGCAAUGCUGAAACGGUUUGAGCACUCCAAAGCUCUGGAUGCAGCACUGACGACCAAUGUCAGAAUUCGAACGCCAGAGGUGACAGUCAGCAUACUGCAGGAGUUGAUACGCAGGGGCGUCGUAAAGAGCGCCCUCUCAGGACGGGAUGAGAAGUGGCUACGCAUUAUGAUUGCCUUCCUGAAGAAGCACAUCACCAAUCCAAACUAUGCCGCCACGGUGAUCGACAUCACAAACAUGUUACUAGAUAUUUACACCCCUGUCAUUGGCGACUCGGACGAGCUCGUCAGUCACUUCCGGCGACUCAAGAUAACCCUGGACAAGGAACUGCAGUACCACCGGACACUGCUGGAGAUCAAGGGGAUGUUGGACACGGUGCUGGCCGCGUCGCAGUCUGUCGAUGCCGAUGCUCAGGAAGACUCGGCUGAGGUUGAAAUUCCCACUGAGAGGACAGAGUCAGGCGGGAUACCUGUUGCUAUGGAAGCAUAGCGAUUGGAAUACUGUACCGAUGGUACACCCUGGGCUUGUUAAGAUUCAUUUGAUGUUGUUGUCAAUCAAGGAACCAAGCCAGAGGCUUUGUAGUGCCAGCAUUGAACCAGCAUCUGCAGAGAUUUUUAACAAUCUCUAACUUCUGUCAUUUAAAAUACGAACCACUGAUGGCAAGCACUUGGAAUGUCCAAUCCGUUGGAUUAUUUGAUGUUUUCGUGAACGUUUUUUUUGUAGACAUCUACAGUUUGAAUACUAACUGGUGGUACGCCAAGUGCUCGGAAUGUGCACAUUGAGAGGAUUAUUUGAUGUUUGUGUUUUCGAAUAACAAGAAAUAAACUUAGGGCUUAUAGUGCUGGUGUUGGACCCAAUCAUGCAACAUUGAAGCACCAAUAUUCUUUCCAAAAUAACCCUACAUUUUGGAAACAAGUAAAAAAAAUCAGAUGUUUAAAAAAAAACCUUCAAAUCAGGUGUUAAAUUUUUCAUAAAUACAUUUUCACCCAUCCCCCUUUCCUUUUUUUUGUCAAUGGAUGGCUGCGAGUGCAUGAGUUUCAUACAAGUAUUCAUUUUCCUGCCACGGAUCCUUAUCUUAAAAAGUUUUUCCUUCAGGUUGGUACACAAGUUUCUGCAAUUUUGCAACAUCUUCAUGUAAAACUGAUUCUUGUAAAAACUUUGAUGUAACAUAGUCGGAUACCUUCUGACACGCCUUUUGUAAACAUGUUAGGCAUACCAGUGUCCAGUUUGAUGGGUUAGAAAACAUAAGAACUUGGCAUUUAGUGAAUCAAUUGAAUUUGAAUAAAAUGGAUUCAGAUAUUU